AAAUGGCGCAAUGCCAUGUGUCUAAGCGAGUGUUAUUGUGAGAAAUUGGAUACUUAUUGGACAUAAUUUCACGUGAAAUGGUGAAGAUGCGUCUGCUUGGGAUGCCAUUUUGGAAUUGGAUAACAGGAACAGGAAGUGGAAAUUUGGAAUGGAUUGUGGGAUUUAACAUGGAUGUUAAAGUCCUAACGCUGCGUUAAUUAACGCUAGCGUUAAAACUUGUUGAGCAACAUGAAGUUAACGGCUGAUUAAAUUACGCAUUAGAUAUAAGCAAAGCUACCAAUAUUUGUGUUGUAGAUGAACGGUUUCAUAACGACCAUUAUAUCGCUCGAUUUGUCACUGUCGUCUCGGAUACUACUUUAAAGAACCGAGAGCGGGAUUGAAAGCACGAGCGGGGUCGUUGUUAGAAGUACCAAAUACGUUGACGGAAACCAAAGCUCUGAUCGUCAUCUACUAUGUACAUGUACAAGAACAAUGAAAUAUAUAUACUUUUAUUUUGACUAUGACAAGUGAAGAACUUACUUAAAGUUUGAAAUGCACGCUAUUUACUGCAGGAAUGUCAUGUUUCAAAUCAUACAUAAAAAAAGUGCGUGAAAUACAGUUGGUUUAUUUUGUUGACGAUGGCUCGUAACAGGCGCAGCAAACGCAAACAUACAACAAGGAAAGAGAAGAAUGCUUGUACAAUAUCCCAUGUUGUGGCAGGUUUUUCGACAGAUGAUAAAGAAUUCUCAGGGAGACUUUCACUUGUUCUUGAUAAAUUAGCCGUCAAUGAACAUUUAAUACAGUUUAGAAGGAGAACAAUGUUAUCUUAUGAACGGGAAAUGACACUGAAAGACAAAGCACUUGGGGGUAACAGACAAACUUAUAUAUUCGGAAGUCAAAUCGAGGGAACUACAACAGCUGGAAUGAAGUCUGACGUAGACCACUUAUUUCGUUUUAAUAUGUUUCGUUUGUUUCUUGAUUCAGAAACCCCCCCAAUUCAGCCGCAUGAUCACCAAGUCGUGAUAAAGGUGAGCACACAAGCCUGUGCUUCACAGUACUGUUGUUUAACAAUGAUUGAACCAUCAACACAAGCAAUGCGUUUUAAACAAUUAGAUCCAGAUGGGGAUCCUGUUGAUCUCGUUAAUUUUUUUCAUAUUAAUAUUGAUUGGAGGAGAACUGACGGUAAGAUUGGACAUACAAUUAUGUUCGAUGCCCUAAACCAUCUUCCAGAAAUACUUCAGCAAGCAAAAAGACACGGACCUGCAGAAAGUAUAUAUAAUAUGGAUAGCGUUUACGCGUGUUACUGCAACAGUCUUCCUAAGCAAUGCAAGUUCGUUUUCGAAAGGCCUCGUCCCGGUCACUGGCCUACGAAGAAGACGUUGAACAAAGCCAAGAAAUAUGGCGUCUUUAUUGUUCCACAGGGUCCCCCCAAAAAUACGAACAUAUGCACGAAAGAUGAUUUUGAUUAUCAAUGGCGAAUUUCAACAAAUCUCACUGAGCGGCUAUUAAUGUUCAGUUUAGAUACAGUACAUAUGAAAGCAUAUGUCCUGACAAAGAUGAUUAGAAAAGAGUUGUUUGUGCCAGAAUAUCGAGACAGGCUGAGUACAUUUCAUUUUAAAACAGCCCUUUUAUUUGCGGUCGAGAACACCCGACCUGAUGAAUGGACGGAGGACAAUCUUAUCAAGUGUGUCAAGAACAUACUUGCAACUUUGAGGCGCUUCUUGAAACGACGCUAUUGUCCACACUUCACUAUAGAGAAUGUUAAUCUUUUUGAUGGGAAAAUUGAGAGACGCGAAUUUCCGAAAUUGGUGGAUAAGAUUACAUGUGUCAGUAAUUCACUUCGCACAAAGAUCGAAAAUAUACAAAUGGACAACAUUGGAAAGACGCUUAUUGAGUUCAGUACCGCAAACAAUGAGCGCAACCGAACUUUCACGAAUAAUUCAGCACUAUUAAAAGCCGUAUUAAGUAUUUCUUAUACUUCGGCACACUAUUUUUAUGGGUUUGAAUUUUCAGACAAACCUGUCAAUGAGAGAAUGGUUUUAAUUGAAAUCGAACAGACACGCUUAGAAAACUAUUAUCGCGCUCCGUUAGAGAAAUACAGAAAAUAUGACUAUGCAUUAUAUGACCUCAUUUCAACUCUUGCUUGUAUGGGUGCUUCGGCGUAUUUAGAACAGAAGACUAAAGGACUUGAAUUCAAUCACGCCGGCAUCAAUAGAGCUAGGAAAAUGUAUUCCCUAUCUCUAGAGUCUGAUAUCAUUGGUAACUACAUGCGAUAUGCUUCUUUUCUUUUCUGCAAUAGAGAAUAUGAUGAAGCUUGUAUAUAUUUUGACUUGAUUGAAAAACAGAUAGAAGAAGAUAAAACUUCUAAUCUCAUUUUCCAGUUUUUUGUUUCUCCAUCGGAGUCAUUAGCAUUGCAGAUAGCAAAGCAGUCACACAAACAGUCAUUUAAGCAAAUAUGGUCUGUAUUUUUGAUAUUCAGACCAGCAGAGGCGAUGUGUGUUCCUGAAUUCCUGCGUUAUGAAAUGUACCGAGCGAGUUUCGGGGACUCUACUUCUGGUUUUUCGUUCCCAUUUUAUAGCCGUUUUGGCUGCAUUUGUGUGCAAAUCGAACCCUAUCUCUACUAUCUACAGUACGUGACAUACAGGAAACUUCACAAAGAACUUCAACAGUCGAAAGCUUUGAUGAAAUUAUCGACAUAUACUGAAAUUAUUAAACCCACACGAUUGAUAUCAGAAUGUGACGAACUCUUCCUGACAUUUGCUCACUUUGAUACCUCUUUAAACAUGCUAGGGCACUGCUUAGAACUGGAGCAGAAGUUGAAAUCGGCGUGGAAGACUUACACAACGUCUUUACAUAUGGUACCCGACGACAAUGCGUCCCUCCUGCACAUAAUUCGACUUCUUUGGAAAGCCUUUAAACGUCAGCGGAUUAUUGGACAUUCUUACAAUAUUUUCGAACUGCCCAAACAAACCAGUUUACUCCUGGACGUGUUAUGCGACUUAAACCAGAGUUAACACUGACGAUGAUUAAUAACCUCACAUACCCCUUUGACACGGAUGCUUAGGUUUGACAAUGAGUGCAGUUGUUAUAAACUUUUAUUUUUAAAGUAUGAAGUAACAUGUUGAUAGUAGAAUCAUAUCAUUCAACAUUUGUUUAAAGGUGUUAAACACAUUAUAAUUAUUAUUAUUAUUAUUAUUAUUAUUAUUAUUAUUAUUAUUAUUAGUGUAUAAGAUUGAACAUUCCACUGCUCUUUUUUUGUAUACGUAUUACAUUUUUCAAACUAUUGAAUGUGCAAUAAAUUUGUAUCGAACCAAAGAAAGGUAUGUUUAACUGGAGACACAAACUCGCGAAUGGGACAUUAAGCAAAUUAUAUCGUUAAUGAUAGCUAUAUAUGAGAUACUGAUUUUGAUAUUUACCCAGAUAUUGAAACCGUAAUCCCACGCUCAACUUGUGACCCGAUUUGGAGACUACCUUAUAGAUAUAUGCAAAGCUAUCAAUAUUCGUAUCGUGAAUGAAUAAAAUAACGCCAUUAUAUAGGCAAAAUAAUGUGCUAUACACACAGGUAAAGGCUUGGUCAAUUAUGUAUAAAAUGCGCGUACCAAUUUUU